GUCACUUGUUCUCAGAACGCGGGAUAGUUUUGUUCUGACGGCUGACAUUUGAUAAGGAAGAAGCGCGGUCUCGUUUUCAAGAAGAUAAGGAGUUCCAGCUGACCGUUCAGCAUGUCGGCCCAAAAUGCAAUAACGAGCAAUAAAACAGCCAUUCAUGAGAUUCUGUCCGGAGACUUCAGGCUAAUUCUCAACAAAGUGCAUGAGAAUAAGCUGAUCACUCAGCGGGAGUACAACAAUCUUAAAAGCAUCAACAAUGCAAAUGUGGAGGCACACGUCAUUGAGCUCGUGGAUAAGAUCAUGAAUAAAGGAGAAGAAAAAUGCAAAGACUUCCUGAACCUCCUGCAAACCGAUGGCGACGUUAAAGGAACUUUCCCUCAGCUGGCGAGUUUACAGCUGACUUACACCCCCCUUUUAUCCAAGCCUGUCCAAGUGUCCUCAUGUCAGCAAGAUGUUCUGCCACAAGAUGGAAAUAGGUCAAAGGAUGUUUAUCAAAUCAACAGCCGGCCCGUCGGCCUCUGCGUGAUCAUAAACAAUGAGGACUUCUUGGAUGGUAAACCAAGAAGAGGGACAGAUAAAGAUGCCCAAAGCUUGGCAGAGGUGUUCAGCUGGCUGGGCUUCAGAGUGCUGAUGUGCAAAGACCUGACCAAGGAUCAGAUGGAUCAGGCACUGACGUUUGUCGCUGGCCUGGCAGACAUGUCUCAGCUGCAGAAGUUCAACUUUAAAGAGUGGAAUGGCAGCAGCUUUGUUGAUCCUCAGCAGGUUCUUGAGCACGGUGAUGCUUUCAUCUGCUCUAUUCUGAGUCACGGGGAUAAAUGUGUUGUUUGGGGAACUGACAAGAAACCCCUCCCCAUUAAAGAAAUUACCAGAAAGUUCAGGGGGUGUGACCAGUCAGUCCUCACCGGCAAGCCCAAAGUGUUCCUGAUCCAGGCCUGCCAAGGAGGUAAGAUACAGCGUGGAGUGCAGCUGAUGGAGACUGAUGAUGAUACUUCACCAUCGACCAUCACUGAGGAUGCUGAUUUUCUGGUUGCCAUGGCCACUGUUGAAGAUCAUGCUGCAGUUAGAAAUCCAUUAGAUGGAAGCUGGUUCGUUCAGUCUCUUUGUGAGCAGCUGAGGGAGCGCUGUCCCAGGGGUGAGGACAUUGUCUCCAUCCUCCACUUCGUGAACGAUGACGUAGCACAUAGAAAGGGCUGGUAUCGCUCCCCGUCUGGUGAAGUCAAGCCAGCCAGGCAGAUGCCUGAACCGAAGUUCACUCUGAGGAAGAAACUUGUGCUGCAACCUCAGCACAGCUGAAGUCAUCAUGGAAACACAGCACACCUUACUGUGUAACUAGGGAUGUAUGAUUAGCUCAGUUUCUUAUAAUGUUUCCUAAAAUGUUGCUUUUAUAUUUUCCCUAUUUUUUAUCAUUUUAAAUCUUUUAUUUUUCUAAAUCUUAAUCUCACAUUGCGGUGUUGCAUUUUAUACUGUCACAGUUUUAUAUCAAAGAAUAAAUCUCAGACUGGGAACGCAACUGGUGAGAAAAAUGUUUUUAUUCGUGUUGGGAGGUUUUUAUAUGUGCUGCAGUAAAGCUUCACGGGUGCUUUGCCUAAACUGAGCCUUUACAUUCUUGAACCUAGUAACAUUACUUAAUCAAUCAAAAAGCUAAAAAAGUUUUCGAACAAUAGAUUUCUGUUUAGGCUCAAAUCAGUUUGAUGUUUCAAGGCUCACACUGAUGAAAUAAUAACUCCCUUCAAAAACGUCAAGCCAAAAGUAAUCAGCCUGGUUUGAAAAUAUAGGAAGUAAAAGUAAAAAGUUGCCACAAAAAACUACUCAAAGUAUAUAUACCUUAUAACUCUACUUCCAACACAGUAAAAAAUAUUUGUACGUCUUUACUGCCCACCUCUGCUGUUGUUCACGUCCAGCUUAAAGCAUGCACUGUUGAUAGUUCAGCUGAAGUGUAAUCACAAGUCAACCUCAAACUUGGUGUGUUGCACAUUCUUUUAGAUCCAAACUUAUUCAAUUCAAUAACCCUGAAGGAAUUUGUGUAACAGACCUACCACACCUACAAGUAGCAUUACUGGCCACAGAGUGAGAGGGAAACUAACCCUUCAUGGAGUUAUUUCAGGUACAAGGGCUUUUUUUUAAUCCUUGGUGUUGACUCAGCACUGAUUUUUUUGUGCUAUCAAUUUCUGUUAUGUUUAGGUUUUCUGUUUAAACCCUGACUUUGUUGUAAUUAUGCAAUUUAGAGGUUUUGUGCCUUUUUGAUAGUAUGGCUGGUUUCAUUAUGUUUAUAUCCUCAGGCCUUUUUAACUGUACUCUGGCUUCUGUUCAUAUUUAUAGUUUGAUUGGGUUCUGUUCCUUGGUUCACUUUAUUUUACGUUCCCCAUGUUUUACCUGUAUCUUAUUUAGUCACCAUUUCCUGUUUUAUUUUGCUAGUCUCUUGUCUCCUGUGUGUUUUUGCUUCCUUGCAGCCUGCAUCUUAUUAUUCCCCAGUUUAUUCUGUUUAAUGACAGCUCUGUCUGAUAUUGGGCUGCUGUUUAUGUUAUGUCUAUUUGAUUAAUAAAUCAUUAUGAUGAAUAAUUGCGAGUGUGCUUGUUCUGUGAGAUCCUGCCUCCAUGUGGUUGUGUAAAUAACCGGUCAACAGGGACAUUCAGAUAUAAUCUAUUAUGACUUAUAUGUAUAGUGUAUUUCUCAUGUAUGUUUGUGACUGGGGGGUAGAACUGCUGAU